GGUUGAAAAUAACAAAAUUAUUUAUUUAUUUAUUACUUGAAAUUAGAGAAAGCAAAAUGAAAUCCCCAAUGAAUAAUAAUUGAAAAACCCGUAAAUAUACGUCUUGUCAUGCUCAACUUUUACAGAAGGAAAAAAAAAAAGGAAAAAAAGUGAUAUAAUUGUGAAAUGCGAUAGCUUCUCGUUCCACAUUUCUUGCUAAAACCAUUACGAGAGCUAAGAUUUGUGAGUGUAGAGUUGAGGCAUGGGGAGAUUGUUUGUGGUGAGUCUAGAAGGGAAGGUCUACAGCUGCAAGCACUGCCGUACCCAUCUCGCUCUUUGUGAAGACGUUGUUUCAAAGUCAUUUCAUAGCAGGCAUGGAAAAGCUUAUCUCUUCAGUAAGGUAUCUAAUAUCUCUCUUGGAGAGAAAGAAGAUAGACUGAUGAUGACUGGAUUGCACACUGUCGCUGAUAUCUUCUGCGUUGGCUGUGGAUCGAUUGUUGGGUGGAAAUAUGAGACCGCUCAUGAGAAGAACCAAAAGUACAAAGAAGGAAAAUCUGUACUCGAACGGGUCAAGAUUGCAGGUCCUGAUGGGAACAAUUAUUGGAUUAAUCAUGAGUCACAGGUUGGUGGAAGUGAUGCAGAUGAUGCUUAAAUCUACAUUCAUAAUCAUAUCCCAAUUGUACAUUCUUAAACCCUCCCAAUUAUUGCUGUUUUUGUUCAAAUCAUGUGUAUCUUUAAACUGUGACUCCUAAUUCGGGGCACCUUGCCCGCUUGUUCAUCAAUAACAUAUCUGAAAACAUUUCAUUGUUGAUUCUAA